AUGGCGCAGGUCCGCCCUCUCCGCCUGGCCUUCGCGACGCCCUCCGCCUCUCCCAGCAACGACGCUCCACUCCUCUCUGGCGGCCCGACGUUGCGCCACGACAGCACAGGAGCCCCGGCGCGGCCAAACCCUAGCGGCGCAGCCCGGCUCCGUCACGCCGCCUCCGCUGCCGCCCACCUCGAUGCCGCACCUCGACGAACCGCACGGCUUCCCUCCCCACCCCUGCUGCCAAACUCUGCACGCCAACAAACUCUGCAGCAUUGUUGGCGGACUCCAGUUAAAGAAGGUGUAGGCCAUAUCAGCGCCAGCAGGAAUGCAGUCUUCAGAUUUUUCCAGGAACAUAAUCCUACUAAUAAUUACACAUUUGGAGCCUUGGCUGCACCAUUCUUCGUAUGGCAACAGCAAAGCCUCCUUGGAAUUCUUCCAUCCGGUAAAGGCUCCCUUUGA